AUGCCUUUGUCUAAGCUCCGUGGCCUUAGGCUGCCUGCUGCGGCCGAUUUCCAUGUCCACCUUCGCGAUGGUCCUAUGAUGGAAUUGGUGACGCCCACCAUCCGCAAGGGUGGUGUGAACACUGUCUUUGUUAUGCCAAACCUGGUCCCUCCCGUCACCACCGUUGACCACGCCCUGGACUACAAGAAGCGUUUGCAAGCAAUUGAGCCCAAGGUCAACUACCUCAUGUCGCUGUACCUGCACGAAACCAUCACUCCCGAUACUAUCAUUGAGGCCAAGAAGCGUGGCAUCACUGGUGUGAAGAGCUACCCGGCCGGUGUCACCACCAACUCGAGCUCCGGUGUGUAUGACUAUGCGUCAUUCUACCCCGUCUUCGCCGAGAUGGAGCGUCAGAACCUGAUUCUGAACCUGCACGGUGAAGUUCCCUCUUCGGGUGAUGUGACCGUGUUGUCGGCGGAGGAGCGCUUCCUGCCUACUCUGCUGGAGCUUCACGCCAAGUUCCCCAAGCUCCGCAUCAUCUUGGAGCACUGCACCACCGCCGCCGCUGUUGAGGCCGUCAAGAAGUGCGGUCCCACUGUCGCGGGUACUAUCACUGCCCACCACUUGUCCAUCAUCAUUGACCACUGGGCCGGUGACCCAUUCUGCUUCUGCAAGCCCGUUGCCAAGACCCCCGCAGACCGUGACGCUCUGCUCCGUGCUGCUGUAUCGGGCAACCCCAAGUUCUUCUUCGGAUCUGACAGUGCGCCCCACCCUGCUGCCUCCAAGCGUGGUGGCGAGAAGAUCGCUGCUGGUGUUUUCACCCAGCCGUACACCACCCAGGUUGUCCUCGACUCCUUCGAGCAGGCCUGCGAGAACGGAAUCCUUAAGGACGAGGAGAUUACCCCAGAGAUCUUUGAGGGCUUCAUGACCAAGUUCGGACGUGCCUUUUACCAGAUUGGUGAGGAGCAGAACGAGUUCAUCACCAUUGAUAAGAAGGGCGAGAAGAUCGUCAACAUUCUGCAGGCGGGCGACAUUGAUGUUGUCCCCUUCCGUAGAAACCAGGACACAUGGACCGUCACCUGGUCAUAG